CGUGCAUGACGUCAUUUCUGCGCGACCCUUAUUUCUGGCUUUGCGUUUUCCUGCUGCUCCUCUCAACUAUGCCUAAAGUGGUAUCCCGGUCCGUAGUCUGCUCCGACACUCGGGACAGGGAGGAAUAUGACGACGGCGAGAAGCCUCUCCAUGUCUACUACUGUUUGUGCGGCCAGAUGGUCCUGGUGCUGGACUGUCAGUUAGAGAAAUUACCCAUGAGGCCCCGGGAUCGGUCCCGUGUGAUUGAUGCUGCCAAACACGCCCACAAGUUUUGUAACACAGAAGACGAGGAGACCAUGUAUCUUCGAAGGCCUGAAGGUAUUGAACGCCAAUACAGGAAGAAGUGUGCAAAGUGUGGACUGCCACUCUUCUACCAGUCCCAGCCAAAGAAUGCUCCGGUGACCUUCAUCGUGGAUGGAGCAGUAGUCAAGUUUGGCCAGGGUUUUGGGAAAACGAACAUAUAUACUCAGAAACAAGAGCCUCCUAAGAAGGUGAUGAUGACCAAACGGACUAAAGACAUGGGCAAGUUUAGCUCUGUCACUGUAUCUACUAUUGAUGAAGAGGAAGAGGAGAUUGAGGCUAGGGAGGUGGCUGACUCGUAUGCGCAGAAUGCCAAGGUGAUUGAGAAGCAGCUGGAGCGCAAAGGCAUGAGCAAAAGGCGGCUGCAGGAGCUGGCUGAACUGGAAGCCAAGAAAGCGAAAAUGAAGGGAACCUUGAUUGACAAUCAGUUCAAAUGAUCAGGACCUUUCUGUGGAUCCAGACUUGAGAUGGGUACUCUGAGGCUUCGAGAGUUUAUGUUUCCCACCCAGGAAGCAGUAAACCCGGAAAUCUGACUAGAGAACUGUGCUGAAUUGCUUCUCCUGUGAGAUUUAGAAAAAAAAA